CUGUAGAACAUGAAGUAUCCUGAUCAAAGUAGCACCCGACUGCCUAAGAUGCUCUCCUCUUCACCUUACCUCCCAUAAACUCUCCAUAACACGGUGUAUUGGGAUCUCAUUUUCCAGUAGUGACCGUCAUCUUUCUGUGCGAGAUGUCUCCCAGCGAUCCAAUGCCGAAGUUGAGGCACCAGAACAUCGACACCGCACACGUGCAGCUGCCUCAACCCGUCGUCACGAACUUGGGAUGUCGAUCUGCCACCCCAGGUCGCAAACACAAACUCAACGCCUACGCGUUCCAGCAAGACGCCAUAGUCACCUUCAAGGGCUAUCAAUACGUAGCAUACUGGUCCAACGCCGGGCCAGACGAUGGCGACACACUGUAUCUUUGCGUAGCCAGAAGGCUUUUACGACCCCGUUCGGGCAUGCCUGUCCUGAGCAACGAAGACCAAGUCAACAAAAAAGCUGCCUACGGGUGGGAAGUCCUCGAGCUGCGUGACUACAAGCAAACCGUUGACGAUGGUCAUAACACCAUUUCGCUUGGAAUUUGCCCGGGUGAUGGAACAAUCCAUCUGGCAUUCGAUCACCACUGUGACAUUCUUCGAUACCGCUACUCAAAGCGGCACGUAGCCACUCAGCCCCGUACCAUCAGUUGGCGUCCAGACAUCUUCUCGGCCACUCUUGACUGCCUCCCGGGAAUCCUAUCUACCCACAAGCCGCUCCGUGACGUGACAUACCCCCGGUUUGGCUUCCUCGGCGAGAACAUGUUCUUCUCCCACCGUGACGGCAAGGCGGGGCUCGGCAACGAUCAUCUCUACACCUACAGCGGCAAAGACGGUCGCUAUGAAUACAUCGGCCCCUACCUGACAGGCGUCCAGAGCAGUCCGUACGUCAACGGGAUGACCUCCCGCGACGGGGUCCUCUACGUCACUUGGGUAUAUCGAGGAUUUGUGGAAUAUCCGGGCUGGGACGAUCCGCUCGAUACCAAACACAAGCAGCAGGCGGGGCCUAACGGGGCCGAAAACAACCAUAACAUUUGUUAUGCCUAUAGCGAUGCCGACGGAUAUGUGUGGAAAAACGGCUGCGGUGAAGUGAUUGCCGACUUGAGGGAUCCCGCCAAGUUUCCGACCGGUGUACGGGGAAGCGAGCGCACCAUUAAAAAUGACUGCAGUGGGAUCGCUGCCUUUGACGUACCCAAGGGGAAGGGCCUGAUGAACCAAGAAGCACAAGCAGUUGACCAAGAAGGGGGUGUGCACGUAUUGAACAGAGAUAUGAUGAAUGAAGGGGGGGCGUACCUGUGGAAACAUUAUUACCGGUCGCCAGAUGGGACGUGGACGCAGCGGGCACUGCAAGUCAUCACCGACGGCAGCAAGCGUGGUCAACUAGCCAUCAGCAAAACAGGCGACUUGUACGCAAUCCUUCCAGACUCGACCACGAAGAGUAUGCGGAUCCUGAGGGCCUCCAAAGCUAGUGAAUUUGCCGAUUACCGAGAAGUUUGGAAAGGAGAUGGCCUUGGCGGAGAGCCGUUGGUGGAUUCAGCCAGGCUGGAGUACGACAAUGUGCUGUCGGUCUUCGCUCGCCACAAUCCAGUCAACUCGGCCAAGCAAGCUGCGGAGAGUCAAGCUAUCUCCAUCCUUGACUUUGAGCUGUUUGUGUGAAGACAAGGAUCCCAAGGCGGAGGAAGAAUCCACGAGAGUACAUCAGUGAUCCAAGUGACGUCGAUGGUCAGCCCAUCUCUCAGGCGCAUAAGAAGCGAACACUGGCAAGGGAAAGAGCCUCUGGAACGGGCCUUGCCGAGGUUUCCCGCGGAACAAGGUUGAAAGCGGAUGGCCUGCGCUAGCUUAACAAGGGGAGCUCGUCAGAUAUGACAAUUCCAGGGAGGUCCCUGGAGCUCUUGAGGCUCCUGAAGCUUCCGACAAUAGAUGCACUCGGCGCCUGUAACGCAGUGAAAGCUAAUAAUGCUCAGUACAGUAUUCGGAGCGAUGUCUGAGGAAUUGCUUGAAUAGAAAGAUGGAGCACUUUGUGCACGUGUCAACAAGAAGUCUAGAACGAGGAGCCCCCCCCCCCCCCCC